AUGGAAACAUCUGUCAGGACAAUUGUUCAGGAUUUUCUAGAACCAAUGAUGGAGAAGGCUAAUGACAAUUACAAUGAUGUCAAGGAACUCAAAAUGAGAAGUGAUUUUUUAACAAAAAAAUUUGAGGAACUUGAUAGAAACAUAAAAAUUGACUUAAAUUUGAGAGGAACACUAGCUGACCUCAAGAAAAGGGAUGUUGAUGCAAGUUAAAACUAUACUUAUUUGAGAGCUUAAGUUGAGUAAAUCUAGAAUUAUCAGAGUGCAUAAAAUGAAAAGUUCAAUGCACUAUCAAAAGAAAAGAACAUCUUCGUAACAGUUAAAGACUCACUUCAGAAUGAAAUCAGAGGAUUUGAGAAGCUGUUGGAUAAUUACAAGAGCAUUUUACAUGAUGAUAUCGUUCAUGUUCAAUCAAGCUUCAAUAAUAAGUUAUAAGAUCUUGGCAAAAAUAUUGGGAUGGUAGAAGGAGAAUUCAGUUCGGUAAGAACAUUAGUUAAAAGAUAAAUGGAAGAAUUUACUUAAGUCUAUUAUCAACUUGAGAUUAGUAAGCUUGAUAUAGAAAGAAUUGACCAUAAAAUAGACAAUUUGCCAAUUUUUAAGGAUUUAGAAGAUACAGAUAAUUACAUCAACAGAUAUAUGCCUUUCAAAAUCCAAAACAUGAUAGACGAGACUUUAUUCAAUUGCCUGGGUUCAGCUGAAUUGAAAAAGUUAUUAAAAUUUGAAGAUAGGAUUUUUAAAAGCUUAUCAGCUAACAUUGAUAGUAUAAAUAACAGACUGAUUAAAGAUGCUUAUGAAGUGCCAUAGCCAGAACAUAGAAAAUCUUAUCUCAGAAAAAGAGAUUCUAGUAAGUUAAGCAUGCUUAGCAAGGAAUUAAGAAGCAGCUAGGACGUUACAUUGAAAGGAUAAAGUAAUUAUGACAGAGAGCAGAGUUUGUUCAAAUCUAGGAAAGAAUUGUCUAGACCUUCCUAGGAUUAAUAAGACUUCAAUAGUUCUUCAUAUAUUAAAUUGGUAUAAAAAGAAAAUGACUAGAAUGCAUAAUCUUAGCCAAGAGAACCUACGUUUUAGCAAACAAAUUUUAAUAACGAGGUAAAAGGUUAGAAAACAAUGGAUAUGACAGCAACAGAAUAGCGAUUCAAUUUUUAGAGCAAUCAGCAAUUAAAUAAUAUUCAAGAGCAAUCUUUUGCUUAAGAAGCCGAUGAUUACCGCAAUGAUCGGAGUUAGUUAAUGAGCAUGACCUCUAAAAGAGAUCAUAGCAACACAUCAAAGUAAUUUGAUAAGAGUAACAAUAGUGGAAGCCCACAAAGAGUUUAUCUAAAUAAUUAAAAUAAAAAUCAAGGUAGAUAGUAAUUGAAACCUGUCCCAACUUAGCCAAAGUAAACAGGUGUAAUAGUAAUGUAGAAAUUUGAUAAAUAAGUUGAAGGAGAGGAAGUUUCUCCUGAGCAAAUGGAAAUGCUAAAUAAAAUUAGAAACUAAAAUGAGUUUUCAAGUAGCCGAUACAGUUAGAAAGAAUAAUAGGAAGAAAUUUCUCAAAAGAAAAAUAGGUUUUAAGAUGAUAAUUUAGGGAAAAGCCCUAAAAGUUUAAGUUAAGAAUCCAAAUAAUAAAUAUCAAACAAUAUGAGAGCUUAAAGACAAAGCAAUAUUUUGCAGACUUAAAAUAUCUAGGGGUUAUAGCCAAACUCAAAAGAAAGAUCUACAAAUUCAUAUUCUCAAGGUAAAAAGCUGCAAGAAGAUAUUUAAUUUUCUUAAAAAACAUCUGAUAGCUUUUAUAAAAGAACAGAAACUUAAGGGCCACCAUAAAUUUCAGCAAAUAAUUAGACUAGCAAAUUAGAAUUCCCUUAGAAUCAGAAGCAUAAUUCAUUUCCAAGCUAAUAACAGUAAUAAUAGUAUGAUACAAAAGCGUAUAAUGAAGGCACAAACUAAAACAAUAAUUAGGUAAUGUCUAAAUAUAAGACGAUGAGAUCUCCAAAUGCGAAAGAGUAAUAUUAUUAAAGAGAGAGGGAAAACAAGGAACUCACUAGAGUUAAUGAGGAGCCUUCAGUCAGUGAAUAAGGAGAUGAUUUCAGAGAUGCAAAUAAUGACGACUCUGAAUUCUUAAGUGAGCCUGAAUAAAAGCUGUCAUAAAAACUACCUUAAUAAAAAUAAGAUCAAAUUCAAUAAAAAUAAUAAUAAUAGCAAUAAUAAAGGGCAAAGCCUGCUUAACAAAAUCAAAGAUAAACAUAAAAGGUUAAAGAUGAAUCAUCUAAUUCUAAAUCAUUUUAUGAUUCUAAUUUAACGAACUAAGUUAAGUCCUCAUCAAUAUAAAAAGGUUAAUUCAAGUAAAAUUCAAUUUAGCAGCCUGAGAAAUAAGACAAAGUAAGCAAAAGAAAUAUAAGUGACAAUCGUAGCAAAAGAAAUACAAGCAAAGAUUAAAAAGCAUAAAACCUAGAUUUAUAAAAUGUAAAAAUUGAGAAAAGUUCUAUUAAAAAUAUACUAGAUACACCUGAAAGCUCUUAGCUCUCAAAGAUGUAGAUAGAGAGUCCAGCUUUAGACUAGAUGAAGACAUUUAAGGGGGAUCAUAGAAACCAUAUGAAUAAGACAUAAGUAUUAGUAGAUAGUAAAAAUUAAACUUAAAUAAGCUUCAAAGCUCAAAUAAGACAAUAAGAGUCCGAUGGAGAUGAUAGAUAAGAAGAAAAUAAUGAUCUUACAUCAGUCAAUAGUCCACCACCAGAAAUUUAAGAAAAUAUUUCUCAUAGCAAAUAAAGAAUGCAAGAUAUCCCUUAAUAAGUCCCUAUGAGAUAGAAAUCAAAAUAAUAGAAUUAAUAAGAUUAAACGAGAUAGAAUAACAUUAUACAAGAGAAAAACAUAGGUAAAUAAACAGGAAAAUCACCCAAAGAUAAGUAGCAAAAUAAAAAAUAAGCAUACAAUAAUAGUGUCAAAGAAAAUGAAUAAAUGAUUUAAAAACAAAUAUCUGAAUAGAAUUAAAAGAAAUUUUAAUAAUAAGAUGAGGAUGAUCCUGAAAGUGACAAAAAUAUGAUUAAGAUUUAGGAUAACACUGGAAAGCAAUCUCAAUUAUAAAUUGAAAAUACUAUAGAAAGUUUAAAUGAGCCAAUGAGUCAUUAAAGCAGAAAAAGUAACAGAAAUCAUGAGAUGAUUAUGGAGCAAAUGGAAAUGAUGAGUUAAAAGCGAUCAGAAAUGAGAUCGAACCACAAUGGCUAAGAAAAAGAAGAAUAAAGAUUGAAUCUAAAUUUAUCUCCUGUUAGACAAGGAUCUUUAAGAAGGCAAUCAAAAGCAGCAGAUGAUUUAAUGAUGAAUAUGGAUUACAAGACAUUUGCAGAGAGAUAACAAAUCAAUGAUAGUUUGGCUGCUUUGACUUAAAGAAUCACCUAAUUAUAAAACAGUCAAACUCACACAGUAAGUUAGACAGACACUCUAAACACGGUUGAUAUUUUCAAGAAUAUUCAGGAGCAAAUUUAAAGUCUUCAUGAAAAGGUACUUCAUAUGUAGCAAUCAAUGGUAAUAUUCAAGAAUGACAUGAUGCACGAUUAAGACAACUAUAUAGCUUUGUAUAAUAAAAGAUUUUUUUCUUAAUAAUUUUUAGAGUGUAAAAUAAGUUCAGAAUAGAGAAAAAUGAAGCUCAUGAUAAACUAGAAGAACUUAAAGCGGAAUUCAAAGAGGAAAUCAAAAGAAGAAAAAGAGAAAAAGGAGAAAUUGUAAUUUAAAGCAUACUUAUAUGUUUAGAUGUCUGAAUUCAAUAUGGUACUUAAGAAAUUUGAGAAAGGCAAAGAAAGUAUAGAUAAAUCAUUGAAAUAGAAUGCCUUAGUUUAAAAAAUGAUAUAAGCUAUCAUUAAGUGUCUCAAGAUAUAGCAGUCCUUAGAUUUGCAAGACGACUUAGACAAGGAGUAAGAAUAUUUAGAUAUUUACAAACUAAUGAUUCUUAGAUCUAUAUUUUUGAUGGGAUGUAGAGAUGUAGAUCCAGAAAAGAAGUAAAUGAUUUAAGACCCAUCUAUUAACUUAUCUUAAAAACUUCCACUUAUCUCCUCCUCAAAUGCUGCGAGUCAAAAGAAACUUAAUAAAUUCAGCUUUCACAGUUAGCCUAAUAGUCCAAAGUAAUAGGUUGUUAGUUUGGAUAAGAACUGUCUAACUUGUAGUCAAGGAGGAAUCCCUAUGGCUUUAAGUGCAUUCAAAAUUGCUUGCAUAACAUAUAUGCCAUCUCUUGUUAAUUAUGAAAAUGCUUAUUUAGGAAGGAGAUAACUUAUAGAGAUAAAGGGAUACUUGAUAGACAUUUGUGAGGAAAAUCAAGUUACUUUUGAUCCAGUUUCCCUUGAGAACGGAAUGAGAGAAGUCAUCAUAUAGAUAGCUUAAUUGCAAACUAAACCAUUGAGUAAAACUUUAAUUCUUCCACACCCAAGAAGAGUUACUCACGCGGCUCAACAUUAGGUACUAUAGUCGGAGAUUAGUGGAUAUGAUCAUAAUAACUCUUCAAUGAUUGGAUAUUCAAGAAGUAAAGAAUUAAAACAGAAACUCAGAAAUGAAUUAGAUCUCAAUCAUAUGGAUAGUGUCUAUGAUACCAAGACACGAUAAUACUCAAGAAGGGGUGCUGGUGCAUCAUAGUAAUAUAGAAUAGAAAAUAACAGUUCAUUUGAUCCUUUAAAUAGAUCAUCAGUUGAUGAACCUAAUCUUAAAAUAGAUGGAAAUAAUUGUCUUCUUAAUUCCACUGAUGAAGAUCUCAGACAAAUAAUUAAAUCACAGGCAGUUUCUCCAACAAAUAAAGUUCUAGGGAAUAAUAAAAGCGGUAAUGGAGGUGGAAUAGGAAACAUGAGUGAUUUCUAGCCAGAAAAAUUAAGUGUCAAAUCUUAGAGAUAAAGUCUCGGAAGCAAAGAAUUAAAUAGGAUAAAAGUUUAUCAAAGACAAUCUAACAAGGAUUCUACUCAAGUCUUAAUUUAAGAUUAGUCUUGA